AUGACUGUUGAAGGUUCAGGUACACCUACUACCGGCAAGAAGGCCAAAGCUGAGGUCCCCAGCAAGGAAGCUGCCAUGUGCGCUGACUGCCAGGAGGUCACGGCUACCGAGAAGGCCGGGAAAGGUACACCUACUACCGGCAAGAAGGCCAAAGCUGAGGUCCCCAGCAAGGAAGCUGCCAUGUGCGCUGACUGCCAGGAGGUCACGGCUACCGAGAAGGCCAGGAAAGGUACACCUACUACCGGCAAGAAGGCCAAAGCUGAGGUCCCCAGCAAGGAAGCUGCCAUGUGCGCUGACUGCCAGGAGGUCACGGCUACCGAGAAGGCCGGGAAAGGUACACCUACUACCGGCAAGAAGGCCAAAGCUGAGGUCCCCAGCAAGGAAGCUGCCAUGUGCGCUGACUGCCAGGAGGUCACGGCUACCGAGAAGGCCAGGAAAGGUACACCUACUACCGACAAGAAGGCCAAAGCUGAGGUCCCCAGCAAGGAAGCUGCCAUGUGCGCUGACUGCCAGGAGGUCACGGCUACCGAGAAGGCCGGGAAAGGUACACCUACUACCGGCAAGAAGGCCAAAGCUGAGGUCCCCAGCAAGGAAGCUGCCAUGUGCGCUGACUGCCAGGAGGUCACGGCUACCGAGAAGGCCGGGAAAGACGAGAAUGAUGCUAUCAUUUGCAUGGACAAGAUGUACCGGGACGCAGCCGCGGCAGAGGCAGCGGUAGCAGUAGUUCCCGCCAAGGAGGACAGAGGAAAGAAGAAGGGUAGCAAGGACGCUGGCAAGGCAUCCGGGAAGCGUACUUCUUUGGAGUGUGCUGCGCCUGUCGAAGACUUGCCGGAGAGCUCCAACGGCAAGAGAUCCAAGGUCACAACACCCAAGGAGGUAAUCGAGCACCAGCUUGCUGUCUACCCACACGCCCGACCUGUCAAGCAGAGAGUCCGCAAGCAGGCCUUGGAGAGGCAGCAGUUUAUUACGGGAGAGAUCAAGAAACUUGAAGCAGCUGGUUUGGUCAGAGGAGUGUUACAUCCCACAUGGUUGGCAAUUCCAGUGGUAGUCCGGAAGGCUAACAGGAAGUGGAGGCUGUAG